GAGUCUGCGGCAAAUUAACAAGCUGCGAGCUGCGGAUGGGAGCAGCAGAGAGAAACCUCACUUAUCCAUCCAUCCUGCUCUACCUUACAGCCCCUUAACGCUCUCCUGUAGUCUACGCUGAGAUGUCGAUCUUGGACGUUUCGUUCCUGCUUCUCCUCCUCCUCGUCCUGCUCUCCAUCCUGUUGCCGGGCUACGGUUGCCGGGCGGCGGACAUUCCAGAGGACACCACAUCGGAGUUCUCGGUCAGACUGUACCACCGGCUGCAGGCGGCGGGGGGUCAGGACAACAUCAUUUUCUCCCCUCUGAGCGUGGCUGUUGCCCUCGGCAUGGUGGAGCUGGGAGCCAGGGGCGCUUCACUGGAGGAGAUACGAGAGGCUGUGGGAUUCAGUCACCUGCUGCCAGGCUUGGAGUUCUCUGUGCUCCAGAACCUGACAGAGGCGCUCUCCGACGAUGAUGCUCACUACGUGAUCCGGUUCGCAAACAGCCUCUUCCUGCAGGAAGGUAUCGGCUUUAACCCCGAGUUUCUGCACCUGAUGAAGAAAUACUUUCGAGCCGAACUGGAAACCGUGGAUUUCAGCGAAUCUUCGGCCGUCGCCGAGCAGAUCAACAACUGGGUGGAGAACCACACUGAGAGUAAGAUCCGUGCGCUGCUGUCAGCUGAAGACUUCAGCAGCGUCACCCGUCUGACUCUGGUGAACGCCGUCUAUUUCCGGGGCUCCUGGAAAAAUCAGUUCAGGCCAGAGAACACCAGGACCUUUUCCUUCAGCAGAGACGAUGGCUCGGAGGUUCAGACUCUGAUGAUGUAUCAGCAGGGAGACUUUUACUAUGGUGAGUUCAGUGAUGGCUCCCAGGAGGCUGGCGGCGUGUACCAAGUGUUAGAGAUGCCCUACGAGGGAGAAGACAUGUCCAUGAUGAUCGUACUGCCCCGGCAGGAAGUUCCUCUGGCUUCCCUGGAGCCCAUCAUCAAAGCGCCGCUGCUGGAGGAGUGGGCGAACAACGUCAAGCGACAGAAAGUGGAGGUGUACCUGCCUAGGUUUAAGGUGGAGCAGAAGAUUGAUCUGAAAACCACCCUGCAGGAGCUGGGAAUCACAAAAAUCUUCACCAGUGACGCUGAUCUCUCUGCCAUGACAGAUGGUAAGGACCUGUACAUUGGAAAGGCAGUGCAGAAGGCUUACCUGGAGGUGACAGAGGAAGGUUCAGAAGGAGCUGUUGGAUCUGGAAUGAUUGCCCUGACCAGGACUCUGGUGCUGUACCCGCAGGUGAUGGCCGAUCACCCGUUCUUCUUUGUCAUCAGAAACAGAAGAACAGGCUCAAUCCUCUUCAUGGGCAGAGUCAUGACCCCCGAAGUCGUCGAGCCCUUCGACCGGGACUUCGACUCCAUUUAGAUGAGACGCAGGGUCGCUGUGUCUCUGCAUUUCAAAUCCUGACAUCAUAAAUGCUACCUAUUCUCUGUCGCCAUCCUCAGCUGUGUUUUAUACUCUUUACAAAGAAUAUAUAUUAUCCGAUAACAAUACGAUAUAUGAAGAAAAGAUUACAUAGAGCUUACUGUAUAAUGUGACUUUGUUUUUAUACUCGGAGCUUUAAAUUCUACAGGCACGUUGACAACGGUAGAUGUAAAUAUUCACAAGUGAAGUGCAGUUUGUAUGAGCAACAGGAACCUGCUGUAUGUAAUCCAUGCACAGCCCCUUUAAGUUCAGCUCAGCAGUUUCAGUUUCCUACUCACUUGCUACAAAACAUAUGACACACAAAAGGUACACUUUAAGAGCGACACUGUAAUUACAUCCAUGUACGAUUGGCAUUGUGUUAUAUAUACAUAAAUAUGCCUACUAUUUAUUGCAGAAAAAAUGUGAGUAUUACAUUCUUUAAAAAUGGUAGUAUCUUAGAAUCAAGACAUUUUUUUUCUCUGCAGUAGGCACAUGACUUGACUGCUGAGGAAUCAUAAUGCCUUAUCAUAAGUGAAUGGCUAAUUGAGCCUGAGCUGGGCAUCUUACAGGUGAGCCAAGGGGAUUGUGUAACUAGGCCAGGUUACUAUGGAGAUGGACCUGAGAAUGCAGGUAGAUCUGCAGCACUCACGUGGAUGUAUAUUUAGCAGAAAACAGUAACAAGCUGUAUCGAUUCAUUUAUUUGACAAAACAUGAAUGUGUUUACAGUCAGAUCUCCUCCUCUCGCUCCUUCUUGAUUUAUAUAUAUAUAUAUAUAUAUAUAUAUAUAUAUAUAUAUAUAUAUAUAUAUAUAUAUAUAUAUAUAUAAUACAUUCAUAUUCAAUAACUUAGAAUAUUAUCAAAUAGUUAAUUUACUUCAGUAACUCCAUUCACCAAGGGAAAUACAUUAUAUAGAUUUACACAGAUCAAUUACACAGAUAAUCAAUCUAAAGCCUUUAUUUCUGUUAUUCCACCUCCAGCUUAUAAAAACACAACAUUUAAGUUUAGAAUAUUGCAUCAGACC